AUGCUUCAGUUCCAGCCGUUUCUCUGUGGGUAUCACCACUCGGUCCUCUGCUCCAAAUGGCCAUUCAAUUCUCAUGCUCCAAAGGAAUCUGAAGUUUCCUCGAAGAAAGCAGAAGAAACAGAAACUGAUGAAUCCUCUGGAAUUGGAACAGUACAAAAGCCAUUAACGGCAAUGCAAUGGAGCUUAAGCAGUCACGAUAAAGAUUUGAUAAGCCCCCUUAGACCUCAAGUGACUGAUUUGACUAAUGCAGGAUGUGCAGUGCCAGGUAAGCUAAACAAUGAAGAAAAUAUGAAAAUGGUGGAAAAUGAAGACACAAUAAAUACUGAAAAGUUUGUCAGUGGAAAAAAGGUUACUGAUCAGAGUUCAGAAGGAAAAUAUGGGGCAAAUGGCAUUUAUCAUCCACUCUUGGAAAGUAUUGGUCGUCAAUGUGCAAAAGAUGAAAAAUUGGACGUAUCACAUGGAAGCUUUGAAGAUGUUUCUGGUGAAACACAGGAGAAACAUAUAUUAGAUGAAGGAGCAUAUCCUAUUUCACCAGAAGAAAAUGGAGUUUGUAAUGAGAUAUUGCCCGACAACAGCUGUCUGCAUGCCAUCAAUGACAUGCAAGAAAAAUACGAGGCAAUUCGCAUGGAUACGAGAAAUGACAUUCCAGCAAAUGCCUUGCCUCAUCUUGCAAUGGUGCAGUUGGAUGAUGAAAUUCAAACUCUGAAUCAAGGUGCUGAAAUCAGAGAAAUGCUAGAGCUUUUAGUACUGCCACUCAAGCUUUUCCAGCUGAGGAAUUAACUGCACCUAUCACUUCAGAAUCUUUUUCAACGAGCCCUUUUU